AGAGGCUGCUGUGUGGGGAGGAGCCUCGCCUCCAGGGUCCCUGCUGGCUGCUGAGGGAGGCCCUCACCCUGGCAAGACAGGGUUGUAGCAGAAGGUGUUGCUUAAGGCGUCUUUGGUCACCUCCGUACUGUCCCACCGCUUGUCUCUCCGUCUGGAACUUCGCCUCUUCACCAUCGCCUCUGCGGACAGUGCACUUAACCCCCACAGGCGCUGCUCCCGCAGAGUCUGAUGUGAGCACCUCAGUGAUGCGUUUGCCCAGGUGAACCCCAUGAAGAAGGUACCAGCCAUGAAGGACAAUGACUUCACCUUGAGCGAGAGUGUGGCCAUCCUGCUCUACUUAACACGCAAGUUCAAGGUCCCUGACCACUGGUACCCCCAAGACCUGCAGGCCCGUGCUCGUGUGGACGAAUACCUGGCGUGGCAGCAUACAGCCCUUCGGAGAAGCUGCCUCCGGGCUCUGUGGCAUAAGGUGAUGUUCCCUGUUUUCCUGGGUGAGCAAGUACCUUCUGAGACACUGGCAGCCACAUUGGCAGAAUUGGAUGUGAACCUACGGGUACUCGAGGACAAGUUCCUCCAGGACAAGGCCUUCCUUGUUGGGUCUCACAUCUCCCUGGCUGACUUGGUCGCUGUCACAGAGCUGAUGCACCCUGUAGGUGGUGGCUGUCCAGUCUUUGAAGGGCACCCCAAGCUGGCUGCGUGGUACCAUCGAGUGGAGGCAGCGGUGGGAAAGGAGCUCUUCCAUGAGGCCCAUGAGGUCAUCCUGAAGGUUAAGGACUCUCCACCUGCCAACCCCAUCAUAAAGCAGAAGAUGAUGCCUGGAGUGCUGGCCAUGAUCCAAUGAGUCCAGAAGCCUCAUCCCUGCACCGACUCUAGCAGUUCACUAAGCGGUUUUAUUGCUCUAGUGAUGCAUCCUAGCCUCACAGCAUAAUGGUUUUUAGGCCAGGCUCCAUCUUCACGCUUUUUCCACGAUAGCCACACAUGACCAUAACUAUAAUUGGAUAAUAAACCCAGGCUCGACCUGAGCCUUA